UGUCUCUCCCGCCCUCCCCACCCAUGACGACCGCCCAGGACGGGUCGGGGCCUCUGCCCCCACCACCCCCGAAGGAGGCCUUCUCCCACUUCCACCAGCAGCGCCGGGCCGGCGAGCUGCGCCGCCUCUCCCGACACAUGCACCCCGAGCUCCGGGGGCGCCUGGCCGAGGCGGUGGCCCAGGACCUGGCCGCCGUCCUGGGCCCCGACGAGCCCGGCCAGGGCGACGUCCAGUGCAUGCGCUGGAUCUUCGAGAACUGGAGGCUGGAUGCCAUCGGGGAGCGCGACGCGCCCGCUCCCAGGGAGCCCGUGCCAGGGGGUCACGUCCAGGACACCUCCAGGAGGUUCCAGGAAGGCUCCUUCACCAAAGACCUACCCCAGGAGCCAGCCGGACCCCAACCACCAUGUGGUAUCCAGGGCCCAGCAGCUGGAGGCUUGUCUGAGACACAGCCGCCAUGUGCCACGACAGGGCAGACAUCACCAAUGGAGCGACUAUGUGCGACGACAGGCCAGACAUCACCAAUGGAGCCACCACCAUGUGCCAUGACAGGCCAGACAUCACCAAUGGAGCCACCAUGUGCGAUGACAGGCCAGACAUCACCAAUGGAUACCACCACCACCACCACCAAAAUGGCUGUGGCCAAGGGAGAUGUUCAGGGCACCAGGAAGCUCUUUGAGACCCGGCCGCUGGAUUGCCUGGGGUCUCGCCCUUCCCUGCAGGACCAGAGCCCCCUGGAGCUGCGCUCGGAGCUCCAGGAACUGAGGGGCGACGUGAAGAAGACCAUCAAGCUCUUCCAAACCCAGCCCCUGUGCGCCUUCCAGGACGCCCAGGGCGCCAUGCACGAGGUGCGGGCCGCCUGCCGGGAAGAGAUCCAGAGCCACGCCGUCAGGACCGCCCGCUGGCUGUUCGAGACCAGGCCCUUAGAUGCUUUCCAGCAAGACCCCAGCCAGGUGCGGGUCAUCCGGGGAAUCUCCCUGGAGGAGGUGGCCCGGCCCGACGUGAGCGCCAUGCAGUGGAUCUUCGAGACGCAGCCCCUGGAUGCGAUCCGGGAGAUGGUGGUGGACGAACAGCAUUUCCAGGCCUCCCCGGACCUCGUCCUCCAUGGGCCAGGGGUUCAACAGCAGCGCCAGCGGUUCGAGACCCGGCCCUUGGAUACUCUGAAAGGAGAAGAAGAAGAAGAAGAAGUAGCAGCAGCAGUAGAUGCACAAGCCCCACCCAAGGAAGAAAUCGUCCCCGGCAAUGUCCGAUCCACCCUGUGGCUAUUCGAGACCCAGCCCCUGGAUGAUUUCACGCACCCUGUCCAAGUGGGUGAACUCCAGAAGGUGGGGCACCAGGAAGGAGAGGGGCCCGUGGUGGAUCCCCCAACCUGGCCCCCGUCUCCAGGUGUCCCCCGAGACGCAUCAAAGGGGGAUGUGAAGGCCUUUCAACACCUCUUCGAGACCCUUCCUCUGGAUAGGAUUGGUCAGGAUGAGCUUUCCUCCGCCUCGGGGAAUAUUAGUAGGGCAGGAACAGGAGAUGCUACUAGUACGGGGUCACCCCAGAAUCCCACCACCCCCGUGUACGCCAUGCAGGACAGCAAAGGCCGGCUGUACGGCCUGACCGCCGUCAGCAGAGAACAGGUGUUGGGGGGCGACGUCCGGGGUUACAGGUGGAUGUUUGAGACUCGGCCGUUGGACCAGCUAGGGGGCGGUCCUGACAUGGUGGAUCUGGUUCGAGGCAUUACCAGGCAGGAAGUGAGGAGCGGUGACGUGUCCACCAUCCGGUGGCUUUUUGAGACCCAGCCUUUGGCCACGAUCCACUCCCAGACCCCACCGGGAGAAGGCCAGGAGGAGGAGGAGGAGGAAGGGGGACCCUCCACGGAAGUCACCCCCAAAGGCAACGUGCAAACCAUCCGGUGGUUGUUUGAGACGCAGCCCCUGAGUGAUCUCUCGGCCCCACGGGGGUCAGAGGCCACGGCGCCAUCUUGUACGUGGCUGUUCUACCCUCCCACGGAGGACCAGGGGGAUGGCUCCCCAAAUCGGCACCUGCAAGCCAACUUGGUGAAGGCUGAGGACGGACAGACAGACCGACAUCUCUUUGAGACCGAGCCUCUGCAGCCCCCCUGCCGUCCCGGCGGUGGGAAAGGGUUGGUCAGGUGCUGGAGCCGAGUUCACAUCCCUUCUGGGCACAAAGAAACCUUCCAGUCCCUGGAGCCUGGCCAGGAGGAAGAAGAAAGUUCCAGAACCCCCCCAGAUCCCGGGCUGAGCCCACCCGUGUGCAAAUUCACCUGGCUCUUUGAAAACGGUCACCUGGCUUCCUUGCCUCCUGAGAAGAAUGUUCUAGAAGGGCCUGAAAGGGACAUGGGAGGUGCCAAGGAGAUAUUGGAGCUUCUGCAGGGUUCCAGGCUGGGCCUGGGACAUCAUGGUGGCAUUGUCAUCGAAGCGCGAGGCCCUGGGAGACUCUACCUGGCCAAAUUCAGAUUCCCAGGCCCGGCCCCCGGGGGGCUGGCCCUCCAGAAAGAGGAAGUGGUGUCCGGGGAGCUGCCUGGAGUGGUCCGCCAGCUGUUGAGGCGUCCAGAUGUGGAGCCCCAGGGGCUGCUGGUUCGGGGUGAUGAGCUGGGCAGGCUCCAACUGUCCCCUCUCCUACUGGCUGGGCCUACGGGGGACCUGCACCCCGACUUCCAGCAGCUGUUGGCUUGUAGCCUCGACCCCGGCAUGGCCAAGGUGGGGUUGGUGAUGCAGGAGACCCCGAAGGGUUUGGUGGCCUUGACGGCCUAUGCCCUCCAACCCCGGCCGGCUGGGGGUGCCCCCCAAAGAAGGGGUGUCCAGAGGCUGGCCAGUUGCAUCAACCAUGGCGACCUGGAUGGGCUUCAGCAGCAGAGAUGGGAACCCCCCGAGGACCCCACAGCACAACCAGCCGGCCAGGAGGUCCAGAAGCUUCCAGCCAAAGCAAGCAUCAUCCACGUCUCCCCACUGGGGGGCCAGGUGAAGAUGGGGUUCACGGAAAGCCUCCCAACCACUCCCUGCUCUCCCGUAGCCGGGGAGCCCCGAGAGGAGCACAGAGCGGAGAGCGAUGGCGGCCCGGGGACCCCCGAUUUCCAGGGUGCCAUGCGAAAUCUCCGGGCGGCCGUGGCCGAGGCCAGGAGCCUGCAUCGGCGGGUGGUGGACGGACACCCCCAGCAGCACACCCCUGUAGUCCCUGCCCUGCCCGCUCAUGACGGGCUUCCAGGGGACCCCCAGGGUCCUCCCCUCAGGCCUGGAGCCGGAGGGGACCCCAAGAUCCCCACAGAGCUGUGAUGACCGGGCCCCCGUCCACCCUCCCCGGCUGCCAGGAGGAAGAUGUGACCUGGAGGAACAUGGCAUCAUCUCCUCUUCAGACCCUCAGAGACCCUGCUGCCCGCCAGAGCCGCCCUGAAGGGGUGCCGAUGGACACCCCCAAAGUGGACCCCGCCAGGCCACGGGGGAAGAAGCCACCAGUACCUCCCAAGCCUGCCCACCUAGCCCACCUCCCUCCACCUCCCAGGCUGAGCAGAUUCUCAGGCCUCCACCCAGGCCACGGCCCCCCAGAUGGAGCAGGCCGUGAGUUCUAGAACAACGCUGGGACGUGGCCGUGGCCAGAAACCUGAACCCUGGUAUGGUGAUCCCCACCCCCUCCAUUUGGGACCUCUAGAAUUUUCCGGAACCUUCCAGAAGAUUCUGGAACCUUCUGGAAUGCAUCAACUACUCUGACCUGCACAUUCUCCAUUGAGGUUUGACGUCACCACAGAGGGACCCCCCCCCCUCCCAUAGCCCUUCAAGAGAGAUCUGAACCCUGGAUGAGGACAGAGGUUACCCAGCUCAAAGAGCUAGACCUCCCCCCCCCCUCCCCCCGCCAAGCAGGCAGUUACUGGCCAUUGCUCCAGAAAGCUCUGGGUGCCAUGUCUGGCCUCUAAGCAAUGUGGGAGGCGAAGAGUUCAAAGCCAGCCCUAGGCAGGCAAACACAUCCAGGAGACUCUG